AUGUAUAGUUUUAAUGGAUCAGAAUUUGAACCAAAUGAAGAAUUUAAAAUGUUUAAGAAUAUGAUAAUUGAUUUUUAUCACAAUGAUGUUAAUGAGAAGUUAGUUGUCGAUGAAUUAACUGCAAUGAUGGUUUUUACUGUUGUGGAAGGAAAAAUUUAUAUGACUGUUUAUUAUAUUAAAGCUACAUCAACUUCUAUUGAAAGCCAUGAAGUUGGACCUCGUAUUGUCAUGGUACCUGGUAGAAACAAAUUUGGAGCUGAAGAUAUGAGAGAAGAAGCAAUGAAAGUUCCACAAGAACUUGUUGCACCAAAGAAAAAGAAGAAUGUUUCAAAAGAUAUGUUUGGACAAACUAUUGGAAGAGUACAUGCUAUUGGUGAGGAUUUAGAACAAUUAAAUAAGAAAAUUAAAUUACCUAAAGCUUUGAGAGAGUCAAAGAAAGAAAAAAAAUUGAGUAAGAAAUAA